AUGGCUCAGCCUCAGUCGCAAGUCCCUCCACGGGCUUUUUCCCCCCCGCAACACAGUCCAUCGCCUGCAGCCCAACAACCCGGAUUCGCGCUGCCUCCGAAUAAGAGAGUUCGUACUGACGGGCCAUCCUCGCAUCCGGGCUCGCCGUAUGCCGCGUCUCCGUACGCAGCCAGUCCCGGCGCGGCAGGUAGUCCGCAGGCCAACAAUGUCGCCUCUCCGACGUUCUCGCCGACGGCUUCGUUAUCGUCUAAUUACCAUACCCCUUACACCAACGGCAACCAUGCCUCGGGGCUGAAUCUACCAGAUGCGCGUGCGGGCACGAGCACGCCUCCUCUUGUCACACCGCAACCUCCGCCAACGCCGAUGCCGCAGUCGCAACCACCGUCGUCACAACAAACGCAGCCGCAGCAGCAGCAGCAGCACCAACAACCGCAAAUCUACACGAGCUCGACGUUGGUAGCAGUGCCGCAGGCCAUGGCAUCGCCGGCGCAAACUCCGAGCGUCAUGGGACCGCCGCAGCGGCCCGCUGAUCGACCGACCAAGGACUACGAAUACGAUGUCACAGACUCUCUGGCAGGUACCGGCAUCGACUUACGGGCAGAAGAACAGUACAUGUCAGAGCUGUACUCCAACGCCAUGGACGCAAACUCGGAGGCGAGGACCGGAUUUGCGCACCAUCCUUCUGGUGGCAAGGCAUCGUUUUACGGGGCGGGCCCAGCCAACCAGCUUGCCGAGACGAUAUCGGAACAGGAUCAGACCAGGUUUGCCUUGCAGGCAGCCGAGCAGGCGUGGCAGGAGUCAUCCAUGCGGCUCGCUGUGCAGCGAACACAGGAAGUAAACGACCCCUUUCUCUUGGUGGCCAUCCUGCACAGGAAAGCGGAGAAGAUUGCAAGAGAGCAUCACGUUGGUCUGAACCUGGACAUGAAGAACAACAGCCAGACGAUGGGGAAGUGGCGCCUGCCCGAGCAGUUUGCUUCUCCCAAGGUGACGGUGAAAAUGGAGCCCGGCCCGGGGUCAACCAUGGUGCAAACGACGGGAUCGUACAUACCGCAAGACUCUUUUCUCGUGGAUCAGCUGGCCCUGUUGUCGAUUGCUACAAAGCAAAGGUUGCGGGAGUUGGUGGAAGAUGCCCGCGUGGUGUCGGUCAACAGGCAGACGACGUCGCACGGAGAGGUUCCCGAAGAAUGGACGGCUGCGGCGGCGCCGAUGAAUGCGGAGCCAUUGGGCGUUGGUGGGACGGAAGCGGACGCGGUGACGGAAGCGGAAGACGGGGCUGCGGUUCCGUCUGAAACCGCGCCGCUGAAACGAUCCGCGGAUGACGCUCUGCUGGAAAACUCGGGCCCCCGGAACAAGAAGCUGGCCAAGAUAUCGUCGUUUAUGACGGUGACGAUGAGAGACUUGGCAAGACAGGAACGGGAGUGGGAAGAGGCGCGUCUGCGAAGGCGGCAAAAGCGCAAGGAGGGCGUGGAGGCGGGGUCGACGCCGUCACGGUCAGGCAGCGUCGCGCCGGGAACGCCUGGGUCGGUAGCGCCCGAGCCUGACAAGCCCAUGAGCAAGAAGGAGAUGAAGAAGCAGCAGACGAUGAAGGCGGCCGAGGCCAACAGCCACGCGAACCAGAAUAUGACGAGCAGCAUGUUUGCGGGGCUGGGCGGCAAGGGCGGGCUGUUUGGUAAGAAGAAGACGGGCAAGACGUACGACUGGAUGAACGUGGGCCGGGGCGGGAGCGGCGCCAGCACGCCGACGAGGACGACGCCCGGCCCGGGGGGCAAGGGGCCCAACGGCGGCGGCGGCGGCGGCGGCGGCGGCGGCGGCUCGGGGACGGCGGCGGCCGGCAGCCUGGCCAUGACGACCGAGGGGCGGAACAGGCUGGGGACGUGGCGAGAGGACAGGGAGAAGGGGAAGGGCAUCCAGCUGCGGGACUGGGUGGCUGUGCUGGAGCGGGACGGACGGGAGCCCAAGGCCCUGCAGCAAGCGUACAUGCACCUGGACGGGUCGAACCCCAAGUAG